AGAACAGUCAUUUUCAUUCGCAAUAAACGUCGAAGUUCAGAGAAGAAAAUUUUUUAAAAUAUAUUUCGAAGAAUCGGCGGCUCGAACUGUGUUUUUGUACACCGCCAAAGGACAUCAUUAUACAACCAGAAAGAAGAUAAAAUUGAAUAAGCAUCGAGAAAAACCGACUUUUGAAAUAUCUAAUGAAGUAAGUGUUUUUUGAGUUUUAUUGCUCGUGUUCAGUCAGGCGAGAUAUUUUCAACUGUUAUGCUAAACAGGUGUGAUGUAACCCUUGCUAGAGCUUUUGUUAUAAAUUGAAAAAGCAAAAUAUCUGAAUACGUAGGCAUGCUUCUCACAUUCACCCGCUCGAAAUUUUCCGGUUUGGCAAAAAUGGCGACGGGAAGAAAACAUUUCGCGUAUAAGUUCGUCAGUACGUUCUUCAGUACAGAGCGCCUUUUAUCGGAUUAACGCGGAAAGAAUACAGGUUUUCAGUUACUAAAGCCAUAACUAAAAGAAAAACCCAGUGUUAAAAGCUAGAAAAUCAAUCAGUAUUAUUGGUUUAAAAAGGCGUGAGAUUGUCUAUGUGAUUAUUUUUUCUUGGUUUGUAUUUUAUAGGCACGAGCGAGGGUUUUAUUUGUCGUUGAAGAAUUGUUGCAACUCGCUGACCAGAGGAUAACUUCUGAAGAUGAUUUUUCCGUGAAGUAUUGAUUGAGUCCAUCUUGAGAUGAUCGCUGUUUUUAUUUUGUGCGUAUUUUUAAGCACGAACAGCGUCGUCGAAGGGCAAACAACUUCCAGUUCAGCAACCAAACAAUUUAAAGGUAAAGUCUUGUUAUUUAAUACUUGAUAGUUUAUUUUUUGUCUUCGGUCGCAACUUUUAAAGAUGGAGCGCAUUGUAAACUCUUAACACCGUUAAAGUUUGUAUUGUGUGUGUAUUAUUUCAGGACAUAAAAAGAUUUGAAUAUUCAACUUUCUGUUCCAAAUAGCGAUCUCAAAAAUAACUUUUAUUAUUUCCAAGCUGUUAAAACUCACUUCAUUUGGAAAGGGAGCGCCAACUUUGUUUGCGAAAGGCGAGUCAAGCAUCUUUCAACAACGAUAUUUUGUUGCCACAAAACGUGAAGAAAAACAUAAAAUAUGUUUAUAAUUGACGUAUGUUUGGUUCCCGUGAAAGAAACUUUUUCCGCAAUUUUUAAUGUUCGCCUGUCGGUUUGGACAUGACCUCCGGUUGUUGUUAAUUAAACACUUAAAAUUGCUUGGCAAUUUCGAAUGGUUUGAUCUCAUGCGGAACAAUGCAAAUUUUCAGCUUUUGUCUGGAAUGGUCUAGGGUCAUAUAAAACACAAUGAGGUUGUGAACAACAGGAAAAUAUUGCCCUAGAAAACCUUUAAUGAAACCCCAAAAUUUGCGCGUAAUGAACCGGGUAGGUACAAAAAAAUUACAAAAAAAGCUGUCAUGACUUGAUGCCGUCGAGUCUAUAAAAAGUAAAGAAAAAAUGAUUUUCUUUUCAUGUUCAAUUAAAAUCACAGAUAGCUAUUAAAAAAUACCUGUAAAUUCUAGAUAAUUGAUCUGGUGUUUAUUUAAAUGGUCAAAAAGGGGGGAAAAGGGGGUGUUUAGGGAUGUGAAAAUGAAUUUGUCAAAAGUGAAUAUUUUUGUUAAUAAAUUUAGUCCCCAUAAUUUUGUUAUAAUCUGAUAACAUCAGUCGGUUUUAUCGGAAGGAUAAGGACAGUCAACUAUAAGCCUACCUAGGUGUAUAACACAGGUUAUUUUUGAAACGAAUUACUUCAACUAACCAAUAAGGAAGCUUUUUAAAGCAUUAAUUCUUAUCUGAUCUCUAAAAGUGUCCAUGUAGUGCUAAGUACUGUUUUAUAAAAUCUGAGCACCACAAGAAAUUUAAUGUUUCAAUAUGUAAAAUAUACAGUAUGUGCUGACAGGAACGAGGUCGAUUGUUGAUAUGUUUGGAGGUAACGAUAUUUUUUUAAUAAGGUUCGAUUCCCUGUCAUGGCUUAAUUUUUCUUUGUUAUUUUACUAAACAUAUUCAAGUUACUUUUUAUUAAAAUGAUCUUUCACUUAUUCAACACCUGUACGCAAAUUAUAUUUUCAGCUUUUAAUUUAUUUUGUAUUUGUUCCUCACAAAUAAUAUUCGCGGACUCUUAUUGUUUGUAAAUUCGACGCACACUGAUUGAGUUGCUUGCGAAUACAAACGAUGAAAUACGUUUUUGAUCCAGGUACAACAAAGCUCAAAACUAACAAUUUUUAACUUCGCACCAUUCAUAACAUCUCUGAUGUUUAAUCAUGAAUUUUUUAGCUUCAUAUAAUUAUAUCUUGUUACUCUAUUUUUUAUCAUUAUUUUCAUAAAAUUUAUUUUGUGUAUCCGCGAAGAAAAUUGUCUUCCGUUUAAUGCCUCGUUCCACCAACUUUCACGAAUUUGGAUGUUACUUAACAUUCGCACUUUAAAGCUUAUUUUUCAGACUCUGAGCUACCGAAAUUCUGUUUUAAAAUUCAAUGUAACAUGCGGUUUUUUUCCCAUUUUGGAAUAAAAACGUGUACUGCCCGUGGACGUCCUUGAAGAUAUAUAUAAUUAUAUUUUUUUUAUCAUGUUUUGGAUCAUUACUCAGUUCUAAAUUCGUUUUGCCACUUUUGGUUCAGACGAAUAGGCCACGAAAAUUUUCCGUUGAAUGACUUUGGUUUAAUAAAUUUUUUGAGUUUACGAAGAUACAUGGAAUGUUUUUUUUGUUAUUUUUUUUAGGUUAGAAGAAAACAAAAACUGAUUAUUUUAGCCCGCGAAGCCACAGAUUUCACCUGAAAUAUGGACAAAUCUUAAUAGCAUUCUUCUUUCCUAUUUUGAACAAUCAAUCGAGACAGAACGGUGCCUGAUCUUAGAUCUUAAGAACCAUGAAAACUUGGCAAUUUUUUUUCCGUCAUGGAUUCGGAGUUACAAAUAUACAGAAGAUUAUUUGACAUUUUAAUAUCGAUAAAAAUAUGUCUUGCAUAAAGGCGUUGUCGAUAUCCUCUACUAGCAAAUGGCGAUGUUUAUGAGUUGCUUAGGAUACCAUCGAGGGAGUUUUGAAUCGCCCGAAGUACAGGGGCCAGUUUCUUUAAGAAAAAGAGAAGUUACGUAGCUUAGAAGGAAAAGAAUUAUAUUUUGUUUCACUGUAAGAUCUAACUUAAGAUGGUCACGCUGGAGAUGGUUCACGUUCACUAAAACCAAAUUUCUGUGGCCUCGGUGACCUCACUGCUAUUUGUUACACAGGGGAGUCGCUCUGAAAGGCUGUAACUUCAACAGCGUGAGAUGUUUAAUGAUGCACACUAUUGUGUUCAUAAAGACGCUUAACAUUCGCUAAUCUUGGCCCUUGAUGCUCAUGGAUUUAACACCAAUUUUUCAGUUUAACCUGGUGCCGAAGAAACUGGUACUCUCAUCCCAUCUCUAGCAAUCUUUCAAAACUCUUGUCCAAUCUCAAUUAUUUUAACUGAUAUUUUCCCUUUUUCUACAUUUCUUGUAGUUCCUCAGGCCGCGAUCAUUUUCCUGGCAUUUCUUGGAGCAUGUCUUGUAUUCGUAUUUAUCUUAUACAAGAUCCUUCACUCUAACAUUUGCAAGGUAGACCACGAGAAAUUGGGCGGAAAGAAAGGAGUGGGCUAUGUUGAACUGGGUCAAUCCCCUUCUUUGGGCGAGGAUGUCAUGGAAGAAACGGACAGUGUGGACUUUAUGGAACAGGAAACCACGUUGAGUGAUAGAUCCAGAGACAGUGAUGCGGAUUGGCAUAAGCCACUCCAAGCUAAAAGCAGAAGUAUGGGGGAUCUGUUUUCGGACAAGUCGCCGAAAAUACCUGCUCGGAGAAAGCUUACCGCGUGGGAACGACCUUCGAUCGAGGCCGUCAAGGCAGCAAGUCAUCUUAACGUACUCACUGCAUAUGGUGAUGCGGCUAGUACUCAACGUACUGCCCGGAGAUCUCGACCAUCUAGGGGGGAAAUUAAUUGUAUUGCAAAGCUCCAGGUUUCUGUCGGGUAUUCUCAGACCUCCAAUCGCUUGGAGGUGACAAUUAUUCGCGUACAAGACUUUCCAGAGUCGAUCGCCCUGAAUAGCACUACGUCAUCAAUGUCCGUGCAUCUCACACUGAUGCCCUCCAAACGAUUUCGGUUUAAAACGAAAACGAAGGCCACCGCUGAUGUGACGAUCAAUGAAACUUUUGUAAUGCGCGGGGUAACGGAAAGUGAACUUAUGGAUAGCACAUUUCGUUUUCGCAUCUACUCACAGGGAUCCAUGAAAAAAGGGAGGCUACUAGGUGAAACAGAAACAAACGUAACUGAUUUUGAUCUUGACGACAUCGUAUCAACAAUGUGGAUCAUGGUACCCCCUGCCGAUGAACAGAAAAAACCCACUCCGAGCAAACCGAGACCUCCGCAGCGCAAAUGACAUGAACUGUGAAUGAUCUUAAUCAUGUUUUACAAUUAGAGAGAUUUAAAGGAUAGUUUGACUAUCUUUUGCUCUAUGAAAAGAAAUUACACUGAAAGGCAACGUUGAAAUCCCUUUCGGUCAUGGAGUCAAUUUAUGGAAAAUGUCAAGUGGUUUGAACUUUUCAGCCUGUGGAUUGGAGCCGGUCAUGAAGCCGUUCAAAUGAAACCUCUUUUGUCAUAUAAUUUCACAUGGUGCCAUUUGUUUUUCAAUAUUAUACAAAUGGAAUAUGCAUUUUUCGUAACAUUUUAAUCAGUAGGCGAGUCUAACAGACUCGAAUGUUAGGAACUCCUUGUAUAGCACCAAAAUUAAAACAGCACCAAAGUGAAGUGUCGCUUUCAGUUGAAAAGGCUGAAGUUGACAAUUUGAAAAAUUGUGAAUUAAAUAUUGAGGGCUGCAGUGUUUUGUCUCAGUGUUUUGAAUUGAAUGCAC